AUGGCUGAGGCAGUAAGGAAGAGGCCGUCGCGUGCAUCAGAAAAAUACAAAGACAUAGAUUCACUUCCCGUUGUUACUGACCCAUUGCCAUUGAUAGCUGAACAAAAACAUAAAAAGGAUGAAUCCAUUAGUUCCCCUGAGGAAUUGUCGAAAGAGGUCGAGGCGUGUCAUUUGUGCAAUGAUGUAGUAAACUCACACGAAUCUUCGACUAAUGAAUCAUCAAAUGAAAUUUCUUAUCCCGAGGACGGGACAGACUCUUACGAUAUCACCAAAUAUUUUUCUUACCGAGCACUGUCUGAUGCGCUUGUAAAUGCUGAAGUCUGUUGCGAUGUUAUUCCCCCAAGAUCUUCCAUCGAAAGUGAUGACUUACUACUGGAACCAUUUGCUAUGGGGUUUGGAUCGUCUAAUGGGCAUCCACUCCUUCUUCUUAUCUCAGUCUAUGCUCAAAAUCAGCUAGUCUGGAAAUCUGCCAAAGAUACAUUAGAUCGUAAGCUGCUUGGGAUUUCGGAUGUCGAGAAGACUAUUUGGAAAGUGGAGAAAAACUGUGAUGCUCUAAAAGGGAUAUGUCGCGAUGGCUGUGAAGUCUCUCUGAAAUACGACUAUGAAACUGCCAAACUCGAUAGCAAUCAGCUGGGUCAUCUCGAAUCCUUGCAGAAGGAACUAAGAAGCUACCUACUUGAUCAACUAUCCAUGACCUCGUUUAAAGUCGCGAUCUCCAGGCUAGAAAUCGAGUCCUACCUGGCCCAGAUUUUGAGACAAUGCCCGGCAUUCGAAAACUUCUCUCCCAACGAACCCGUAAUUCUUCUACCGGAACGUAAUCUUGACCCAGAACUGGAACGACAAAUAAAGCUUCUUCGUGCUGUCACCUCAGUUCUCUUCACCUGCCUGCGUCAGCUUACCUUCAUUGAUGUCGCUGAGACCGGAACAGUCGCGCAACAUGAGCUUAUCGAUGACCUCAUUGGAUGGAUCACGUGCAUUACUGGCCGACUUGUCCGCCAAUGCCGGCUCAAGGAUCACGUCUACGUAAUGAUGCAGCUGCUACGAGUGCCGUUCAACAUCACUUACACUCCGCCCGCGAUUGGCUCUUCGUUGUGUGCUCUGCUGCAACCACCGGUGCUCGAUAUAGCAUGGUUUCGGGUUGAAGGGCGCUCUUUGGACUUCCUUUCUGAACCAGAGGUGGAAGCUCGUGGAACUCUGUUUGCAUUGUGUCUUCGAAUACUCAAGAAGGGGUUUCAAAUAAAUCAUCCUGGGGAAUCCAACCUUCAAAAGUCUGCUGUUUUACGGAACUUGGAUACCUCUAGUGGAGAUGGCGAGCAAAAAUGGACUGUUGUCGAUUCCGACGGGGAGAGUGAUGUGGAAUGGUCGGCCACCUCCUCGACUUCCGAGAAACAUGCCAACUCGAGUUUGUUGUCAGGCCGAUUUGACCUGAAGCAGGACAUUUUUGAUGUGAAGGGUGUUAGCGCUCUCAUUGACCAGGUCGAUAUGCCCGGUUUGAUCGAGUUCCUUAAUUCCCAUUGCGAUGAAAUUGGUACGCAAAAUAACCACGUAGUUCUAUUCUCCUUCGCUAAUUGGUUGAUUACAACACUCGAGCAAGCUGCGGACUUCUUGCAAACACCUCGUGAGGACGUUCCCCGAUUUCAACGGAAAUUGGUCAAACAGAUUACAGCCGUAAUCAGUACUCUUCUCUCGGGUUUGUGGUCUCUUAUUAAUCGUGCGAUUGCUCCAUCCUCAAAUCCCCCCCUACCCAGUCUCUAUCCCAACCUCCAUGGUCACGAUUCAACCGAUGUGAAGGUUAUUCUUGCUCAGUAUGACGAGCUUUGCCUGCGUGUGACAAGCUUGCUCCUCUCAAAUGCGGCUUCAUUUGCAACCAAACUCACAUGUUGGCGUCGCUUCGCCCGAAUGAGUCCCUUGCAUCUCUUCUCUUCUCGUGCCAAACUUCGAUUUUACCUCCUCCUCAUCUCGGCCAUCUCCCCACACGCGGGUGAUGUGGAAGGCGACUUUUGUGAUACCAGAUUCCUCGUUCACAGCGAGGACAUGCAACCCAUGGAUGAAACUGUCACAGAGGAGGGAAAAAUGGACGGAGUGGAGGUGGUAGAAUUACUUCGAGCCGCGCUGAUUGAUCAAGGAUGUCUCGCAGAUCCCUUCAUCACAGUUUUGGGACAAAUCGCCUCUCAGGAGUGUCGCCCACCGCCCCCUCCUGAUGACCAGGAACCGACCCAUUUGUGGCUGUCAAGUGGCAUUCCUGUCGUGGAGAGGCUGCUUGUGGGGCGGAUACUUGAUAUUUUAUUCAGGUUGUGCACUGUGCCUACGCUUCAAUCCGGAAAUGAGGAGUGUGACGGGUCAAAACUAUCAUUUGAUGCAAUCCCGAUAUCCACCAUUUGCGGCCGUGCCCAAAUAAUGGCGAUAGUCUCAGCUCAUCCAGCAUUCGCUUUUCAACACCUACUGGACCUAAUUAUCACCUCUGCUGUUCAACUCGAUACCACGACUGCUGUUUCUACCAAUAUCCCACAGAGACCGGAUCUCUCCUCAUGCAAUGUUUCUGCGGAGCUUCUUUUGGAUCUGAUUGAUGCACUCCCCCCAACCCCAUUCACACCAAAUGCAGAUGAUCUCGACAGGUUAUUCUGUUGGAUUGGUGGCCACCCCACGAGUGAAUUGCUUCCCCUCACCUCUCUUCGAAGUCAAAUUUCGCAGAAAUUGCUCAACAUUCUUCCAUGGGAAGCUGUGAACAACACUGCGUGGGCUGCAGUCGCAGUUGCCACUGCAUUUCAGCGCCGCAUUCUAGAAUCACAUCGUCAGCCUGUUUUGAGGCUUUCAGAGACAUUAAAAUACUACGCUAAAAGCGUUUUACCCAGAAGAUCUCCAACCCAUUCUCGACGCAGUUCCUCCCUAUCUCCACCCAGAAUCCCCUCCUCAAGUACCACUUAUCCUCCUGUGCCUUUUGACUCUGAAUCGGCUUCAAUCUACCACUGGACUAUGGAGCUUAUACUUCGUCUCCACUUGGAGCCUUCCACUGAGGCUCUCUCACGUCUUCUCAACGCUACUGACCAGUCGCAGAAUCCCCUAACCACUUUCCUCAUCAUCGAAUUUCAAUUACGCCAACAACCCAGACCGCCAUUACCCACAGAUCGUGAUGCUUGUCGGGCUUUACUGAAUUUGGCCUCUUUAGGUCACUUCGCGCUUGCUAUUGAGGCCUUUAGUCGGCUCUCCAUUUGUCAUGAGGCAGAGAAGAGGAAAUAUCACUCUUCUGUACCUUGUGAGUCGUUUAAGGAGUUCGUCCACUGUAUGCUCAAGUUGGACGAAGUCGAAUAUGUGAAUGAGUCCUUUAUGUCGUACUUGUGGGGCAAAUGGGGCUUGAGAUUUUGGAGGCAUAAGGAGGCGAAAAAUGAGACGGCGAGAAGGGGGAUACCCAGAGGACCGGUUCUGGAGGCAUUCCUUGGUGCCACGUUAAACGCAAGCAUCGGUUGCGCUGGUGAGGAUGAGAAGCACUCACUUUUGCAAGCGAAAAAAAUAGCCGAAGAGAGGUCUGAUAUUGCCUCCAAAACAUUAGAAGGUACCUCUGCUGAGGGCUUUACUAACCCCUUGUAUCAAAACUGUCGCAUAACGGCAUCUUCCUGGGCCGAGGGUCUCUCCAUUCUCAUUCCUGCCGAAGGAUUUCGAUUCUACACACCCCUCUUUCGCUCUUCUGCUGCUGCCGUAGCAACUGAUAGCGAUGAAUCUGAAGGAGCUGUGCGACUUGCGAUGAUUCAAGACCUCCUUCGAAGAGCGUCUGAGGACGAUGAGGGACCGUUUUGGUUGAUCGCCUAUUUGAUUGGAGCUGAUUGUAACGCUGGGGAUAUGUUCGGAGAAUAUAGCUUGUGGGACGAUGUGGUGGAUACAAUUACAUGGAACAGGAGCAUAAUAUUGGCUGUGGAUUAUUCGCGUUCAGGUUCUAAAGAUACAAGUGAUGGAGAAAAAUGUGUCACAUCUGUCUUUAUCGAGGCGGGUCUUUUGACCUCCACUUCAGCCGAAGAGAACCUGGGGCGAUUAACUCGGCAUCUUCCACUCGUGCAAGCCGUGUCUGCUCUCGUCGUCUGUCCUCUUCAUCAUCCCGCCUUCUUCCUUCUUCUCCAGCUGGCCAUUACUCACUGCUUUGCCUUCUCUCGUACUGCUGGUGACCCCUCAAUCAAUCUCUCCAAGCAGUGUGUAUCCUGCUUUCCACCUGGAUUUCUGCUUCUACGAACUCUCAGUUGGGAUAAACACAAUCUCUCAGUUAACUACAACACUGGGAUUCGAUCGUCUGUUUUGGAUACGUUUCUCUGCCGUCUGCGAGAGGCACUGCGUUACUGGCUCAAACGCGACUCUCAAGAUGAUGUUGUCGAUCCCUACGGCCUUCACAGCAGCAAUGCUGUCUCAUUGCUUCGAAUGACCACCAGUCUGCUCUCUGAUCUGGAACAAGCAGUGGCGUAUCGAACUCCCGACACAUUGAAUGUGUGCACGAUGUUGGAGAGGCUUAAGUCCUUCAAUGUAAACUCAGCUCUACAGAGUGUGAGCUUGGACUCAAUUGCAUCGAAGAUUUAUGCUGAAAUCGACCGGUGGCAUUUUCUUCGUGGCACACAUAGGCCCGUAAAGGAAGAUGUUGUUGACCGAUCCAUGUUGAAGUUCUCGGUGCGAAGGUUGGAUCCACCAAACGUUCAACAAUGUGGAUUUGACGAGACUAGCAUGUAUGGGCCACUUGAUAUACGACCGGAUAGAUGGUACGCACUGGUUCAAGUGUGCGUCGAAAGUUUAAAGAAUGUGGCUUUAAUGGCCACAGAGAGGGACAGGGAGCUUCAAAACCUCCACAAAAAACAACGAGAAGGCCUUCUACCACGCCUGUACAAAUCUAUCACUUGUCAUCAAUCAGAAGUUGUUGAAUGUCAACCAUUCAUCCCUAUUCCCGUGAUGACCUCAAGGUCCUGCAAAGGUGGUGCGCGAAUCACUCAGAACUAUCAAACAGCCCAACUGGAUGUGACUGUGGAAGCAGAGAACACGGAGGUCAGACGGAGGAUUGCAGGUCUUGUGGAGGAGGCAUGGAGUGCUGCGUUUAGCGCCGUCACUACGGUCUCCUGUCGUCAGUCUAUCGCCGCGGCUGAUCUUCUUCCCCCCUCCGUGCCGCGCGUGGAUGAGCCUGGGGAGGGUGUAAUGCGUGGAACCAGUGGUUGGGUUCUCUCCUCUUUCCGACUGGUCUCUGUGCUUCAGCGGAUUUUUGGACCAGAAAAAGUGAAAAAAGCACACAUGCAUGAUUGCACAGAACAGCUCAUCAGCAUAUUUCAUCUCCUCUGUCAAAUUUCCUCUGGACCCGCGUAUGCCUUUCCACCAACAAAGGUAGUGCUUUCUCAAUGCGUGGAUAUAAUGGCCGAAAAUCUGCUCUCUUCUGGCGACUGCGGCUAUGAGAUGGUGCUGGACGCAUUGACGGGUUCGCGCCAACUCCUGCAAUUGCUUGCCAAACUGUGGCCCCGUCUGCUUGAGGCCUCACUGCAAGCCAAACCAGGAGGCCGAGUAAAACACUUCCUGUCUGUGUAUCGUUGUUUGCCACUGAUUGUACAACAGUGCGGUGCUCAAAUCGCGCAUGAUCUGCUAACAAAGAUGUGGCCUUUUGAAUUAGUACUGGAGUAUUACUAUUUGGUCCUUCAGUUUCCGCCUUUACUGGGAGAUAAAACGGAGGAUCCAUCUCCUCAUUCUCCUCCAGCCAAAAGUGCCGCAAAAUUCGGUGGGGCUGCACAGCUGGACAACCUCAUUAUAGAAGCAUUCCACUGUUUAGUUGCAGUUAACACACAAUCCAACCACGAUGAUGCAUCUAAGGAUCUCGUUGAGGUUGGUCAACUCUCUUUGCAUAAUAAUAAUAAAUGCUUUUUGAGCUCUCCUCUCUGUCUCUUCCCGUCCAUAGUUGAUUCGCGGACAAGUGGUGUCGUAUUUCGAGUUCAACUUCCCACAUACACUCAAAAUCCAUCCACUCAAGAGGAGUUGUGGAAUCUGACAAAAGUGGCGAUUUGCAAUAACUUUUCUACCCAUUUUGUAUAUCCACUCUCAACCGAUGAUAUAAGACACUUCUUGGAGAAGGCGAAUGAGCGUGCAUCACUUGCCUACGAUGGCCGCGAUCUCUCUGCCAGCACAAAAGGAGCCAUCAUUGAAUGUCUGGGCACGCUAAAUCAACAGUUGGGAGUGAAGUUGAGUCGAUGUGUUGAGUUGGACCACUUGCCUCUGCAAAUCGCCCACAACAUUUUGAUGCAAAGCGUGCUGAAUUACUUCUGGCCACGAGUGAUCGAUGCUGACGCAUCCCCGAAUGAUGGUGGAAUACUUCAACGCGGCUUGACGAAGUUGGCCGAUAUAAUCGCUGAUCUUUAUGCAUCUAGGGAGACAAUCGAACUUCCGCGGUUGUUCAACGCAUUUCUUAACGCCUUCGUGACACGCAUCUUCUGUAAGCCCUUUAACCUCACUGAAGUGCACUUGCUUGAUCAACUGAAUCAAGCCUGUGCUACACACGCAGAACGUUGCGGACUACUCGAGGGCUUUCCAUGGGCAGUUUGGCAGCCCACAGCAUGUGUAUUGUCAAUCCUUACCGAAUUCAUAACUACGCCUCCCCAAUCAGUUCGUUGCUCUGUGCUGGUGGCAUUGUCCUACAUGCUAUCUCGCGUGUGCUGGGACAACCCGCCGACGGAUGUACACUUGGCAGAGCAUGUCGACAAACUUGUGGCUCUGACCAUCUCCAUUGUCUGCUGGUACGAUGCAGUUGAAGAUAAACAGAAACUCAUAUCGUGCUCGGAAAAUCUGCGACGUUUCAUGGAAGGCUGUCGAAUUUUCCUUCUGAAGCAACAUAGCCAUGCUCGACUGUUACCCGACAACCUCGCAAAGAUUAAGCUGCGUCUUCGACCCAAUGACAUUACAAACACCUCUGAUUUGGUGUUUGUGGAUUUCUUCAGACUCCUUUCUCUUGCCUCUCAUGUUGGUGAAAACUACACAAAGACAUACACUUUCACUGCGACUCUUGAUCCAUCUCUCUUCUCCAUGUGCACUUCAACUCCGGAGAUUGUUGCCCAACGACGGGCAUUCGUCAGCCUCUGUGUGGACUUGCUUAUUGCUGUGGAUUUUGCGGAUGAACAUGAAGUGCCUGCAUCCACCGCCACAAAGGAGGACCAACCUGUUGAACCAUCUACCAGCACUCCAUCGCGUGCCUAUUCCCUGCUCAUGACUGGCGUUCUGCCUGUGGCCAGCUGCGCCAUUGGAGCUAUUGUAAACAGUAUCACUUCCUGCCAUCUUUGGAAACAGGUUUUCGGCACGAGACAGAGUACUGACGCUGAAGUGUCUGACGCCUUUGCAAAGCUGACUGAGUGCGAGGGACCUGUCAGGGGCUUUGUUUGGCGGAUUUGCAGUCUCUUGAGCGACUUGGAGGGCUGCUGUGCGGUGGACUGUUGGGAUUCAGUUAAUUCGAACGGAUUUAAAGAGACCGUGAGCUAUUGCGAAGAGCUGUUAAGGCUGUGGUCAAUUAAUGGAUCUCUUUCAAGUAUUGUCGACGCAACAUUCGUGUGCUGGAUGUCUGAGAGGCCUAUUGGUGAAUCCAGCACAUCUUUGAUGUCUAUGGAAGAGAUUGGGCAGGUGCGGACGAGGACGCUCUGCAGACCCCUGCUUCGGGCUCUGCUCUACCAUCUGUCCAUCGUCUCCACGUGCUCAUCGUUACCAUCAUCAGUCUCAUCCUCAGAGCCGGCCUCCCAGUUGCAGUCACCCCCUCCCUUUGUGACUGUCAUCAGUUUAAUUGACAAGUGCUUGUGGAUUCUGCUACAGACAAAUCCCUCCAGAUGCAAUCUUCCCACGAUUCCAACUGAUUUUGAGACUCGAAUGAUGCGUAUUUGUGAGGUUUUUGAGGAUGGCUUCAAAGUUGAGACACAGGCGAAUUCUCGGUUUGGCAAUAGUGGCUCUUGGCUAGUACCCACCUGUCUUUCAUGCAAAAAGCUCCUCCCACUCUUUGCUUACGCCUACGCCAGAUGGAUAAAAAUCGUCUCCGCUGCUGAUAAUAGGAGCAGUAGUGAGCCUUCAAUUCGCUCAAACCAGAGGAGGAGUGCCUACUUAUCUAGCGCCUCGGACUCUCCUGCCAUACUGCUGGCUGAUGUAAUGCACUGGUUUGCCGUGCUUGAUUUGAGUCCUUCGGACGUUUGUGCUGACAAUUGUACUGCGUCCACUCAGCUGACUGGGGUGCUUCUACUCCUCCAUUUGAGCCUGAAGCUCCUCCUUUCAGUGGAGGAUUUGAAGGCGUGCAGUUCGUCGCAGAAGAAAGCACCACAAAUUCAUGCUUUUCUCAAUUGCCUACAAGUUCUCAUCACUAAAUGGGAGGUGCUGACCCACAUCUCGGGCAUCUCUCAAAAGGAAGCAAAUUUUGUGACCAAAUUCUGCGAAAUGACGAACUGUUUGAUUGGGCUGGUAGAGGAGUGGCAGAUCUCACGUGGAGGCGUGGCGGGAGGCGAUAGUGCAGACGCCAACCGCGGACUAGCGCGACUGCAGAGUGGAGGAGACGAAGGGACGAGUAGCAGAGGUGACCGCAGCGCCACCGACAUCGCUCAGUCGGCGGUCUGUGCACUGCUGACGCACCUGCACGACCAAACAGGCGACACGGACUCGCCCCACUCCCCAGCUGUCUGGCUCAUGGGCGAGCACCUACUCACCGCCUUUGUCUUCCUGUGCCAACGACUAUGGUCUCCCCUGCCCAAUUUCGUAGAUUCCCUUCUCGCCUUCCCGCUUUGCACCACUUCUAUUCGCGCCGCCUCCCAGCACGGUACUGGCUGA